AUGGGGGACACUAACUCCGAGAGAGGGGAGAAAAAGGAACUUCUUGAAAUUCCCCCAGAAGGUUUUGAGAGUUGUUUUCAGUGUUGCAACUUAGAACAAGCCAGUUUCUACUUUGGGUUUCCAUCAGAAAGCUUGGUAGGAGCAGGGUAUAUAAGCUCCAGUGGCAGCAACAGCAGCAGAAGGACAGCUGUUCCAAGCCCAUCCGACCCUGCAGCCUGCCCAGGAGCAAGUGCUUUACCUCUGGAUGUCCCAGCACAUACUGCUUUGUGCUACGGUGGUACAGAUGUGAAGCUUAUCUCCCCAACAGGAGGGAAGGCAUUUAACACACUUAGGAAAUAUUUGUUGAGUGAAAUGUAUCAAGGUCUUCCUCAUCUGCCAGCUAAUCUGAAGUUAAUUUUUAAAGGCAGCCUGUCAGUUAAUGAGCCCAUGACAGCUAUAAAACUUGCUUCUCUGUUCUAUGACCUUGAGCUCAAGAGGGUGCCCAAUGCCCUGAGAUCACGUCGGCAAGUAUUUGCCAAACAUUCGUUAUGCGCAAGGUUGUGCUUAGGCAUGUAUGUUGUGGAGUUGGAUUGGCAUCCUGACGCUCCUGGAGAAGAGGUGGUCCUCACCUGUGACACUCCUGAGGAAGAUGACAUCACCUGGACCUCAGACCAGAGCAGUGAAAUAGUAGGAUCUGGCAAAACCCUGACCAUCCAAGUCAAAGAGUUUGGAGAUGCAGGCCGGUACACCUGUCUCAAAGGAGGCCAAGUACUGAGCCAUUCGCUCCUGCUACUUCACAAAAAAGAAGAUGGACUUUGGUCCACUGAUAUUUUAAGGGACCAGAAAGAACCCAAAAAUAAGACCUUUCUAAAAUGCGAGGCAAAAAAUUAUUCUGGACAUUUCACCUGCUGGUGGCUGACAGCAAUCAGUACUGACUUGAAAUUCACUGUCAAAAGCAGCAGAGGCUCCUCAGACCCCCAGGGUGUGACAUGUGGAGCAGCAACCCUCUCUGCAGAGAAAGUCAGAGUGGAAAACAGGGAAUAUAAGAAGUACUCUGUGGAGUGUCAGGAAGACAGUGCCUGCCCAGCCGCUGAGGAGAGCCUGCCCAUUGAAGUCGUGCUAGACGCCAUACACCGGCUCAAAUAUGAAAACUACACCAGCAGCUUCUUCAUCAGGGACAUCAUCAAACCUGACCCGCCCAAGAACCUGAAGCUGAAGCCAUUCAAGAAUUCUCGGGACGUGGAGGUCAGCUGGGAAUACCCGGACACCUGGAGCACUCCACAUUCUUACUUCUCCCUGACAUUCCGUGUUCAGGUCCAGGGCAAGAGAAAAGAAAAGAAGGAUAGUCUCUUUGUGGACAAGACCUCAGCCUCUGUCACCUGCCACAAGGAGGCCAAGAUCCACGUGCAAGCCCGGGACCGCUACUACAGCUCAUCUUGGAGCACAUGGGCAACUGUGUCCUGCAGUUAGGUUCUAAUCCCGCGAUGGACCCUUGGAAGAAAAGUAGAUGUGAUCCAAAGUUUUAAAGACACAAUGGAAUAGACCCCAAAAGAUGUUUCUACCUGAUUUGCUUUUUUAUGGUCCCUAGGAUCAUACAGAGGUGUUUGCUCUAUUUUUCUAUUUGGAUGCUAACUGCUCACAGAAACAAUGAUCUUAUUUAUUUCUAGCUCUUCUAUCUGUCAAGUUGCCACUGACUUUAAUGCUAUUUAAGUAUUUAAAUAAUUUAUGUAUUUAUUAAUUUAUUACU